UUGUUUUACAGAACACAGCGGUUACAUAAUAUAAAAACAUCGCCAUGCAGCUGCGGUCGCAACUUGGGUUCUGGGGCUGCUGUCUGGUGUUUUUAGUUUACUGCACCUUCCAGACCGGUUCGGUGCUGUCUCGAGGCGAUGCACCGAAUCAGAGGCUGUUCGGGGGUCCCGGGGGAGCGGUUCUGGUUCCGAGUUCCGACCCGGCGGUGCUGAAAGCGGCUCAAUUCGCGGAGGAUCGUUACAACUUGGGCUACAAUGGUGUUUAUCUGCGGAGGAUCAGCAAAAUCCUUUCAGCCACCAAGCAGGUGGUGAGUGGUGUGAAGUUCACUCUAGUGGUUGAACUGGGGAACACCUUCUGCAAGAAAUCCAAGCCCUUCCACCUGGAGACCUGCGACUUCCACACGGAUCAGGACACUCUGAAGAAGGAGGUGUGUUUAUUUGAGAUCUGGGAGGUGCCGUGGGAAGACAAGGUGAAGCUGCUGAAGCAGAAAUGCCACCUGUCAGCUUCCAAGGAGUCUAACGGACUAGGAGAGAAACCCAAUUCCUCUCCACCCCCGAUGAACCAGCCCCAGAACAGCUCCUCUCUGCUGACGAUGAUGUUCAAGGACUUUGUGUCGACGUACAGCAGGGAGUACCACAGCCAGGAGGAAGCCGAGAAGCGGUUCCGUAUUUUCGCGGAGAAUUUGGAAACGGCCCGAAAGAUCCAGGAUUUAGACCAGGGGUCUGCGGAGUACGGGGUGACCCAGUUCAGCGACCUGACAGAGGAGGAGUUCCGGACCCUUUAUCUGAACCCCCUCCUCAGCCGGUCCGAACCGCGGCCCAUGAGACAGGCAGCCGUGCCGCGGGACCCCCCUCCAGCGGAGUGGGACUGGAGAGACCAUGGAGCUGUGACCCCCGUCAAAGACCAGGGAAUGUGUGGGUCAUGCUGGGCUUUCUCCGUGACUGGGAAUAUCGAGGGGCAGUGGUACCUCAGGAAGGGAACGCUCCUGUCCCUGUCCGAGCAAGAGCUGGUGGACUGUGACCACCUGGACCAGGCCUGUGGAGGGGGGCUGCCUUCCAACGCGUACGAAGCCAUCGAGAAUCUGGGGGGCCUGGAGACAGAGACAGACUAUAACUACACCGGACACAAGCAGUCUUGCGGGUUCACCAGAAACAAGGUGGAGGCUUACAUCAACAGCUCUGUGGAGAUCUCUAAAGAUGAGAGGGAUAUCGCCGCUUGGCUGGCGAAGAACGGGCCGGUGUCAGUCGCUCUCAACGCCUUCGCCAUGCAGUUCUACAGGAAAGGGGUGUCCCAUCCUCUCAAGAUCUUUUGUAAUCCCUGGAUGAUCGAUCACGCUGUGCUGCUGGUGGGAUACGGGGAGCGGAAAGGUAUCCCAUUCUGGGCUAUAAAGAAUAGCUGGGGAGAAAACUACGGGGAAAAGGGAUAUUACUACCUGUACCGGGGGUCUGGGCUGUGUGGAAUAAACAAGAUGUGUUCGUCUGCAAUCGUGAACUAGCGACUGCUGGAGCGAGGAGAAUCGACUGGGAUUCGAAUAUUAAGACCCCCCAUGCCCCCCCCCCCCCCCCCCGGAUCGGGGGGGGGCUGAUUCCCAGUUCAGAGUGAAUUCAGAAACAGCUGCUUGGGUUUGUGACGAUCGCUGCUUUUCUUAAAGACUCUGCGGUUUUCAGCGACCCACACAAACCCACGAUUCACGAUUCCGAUAGCAGCCUCGUGUGUUUGAGUGAAUUUAUUUAACAGUUUAUUUUAGUUUUCGAUGUGUUGUAGAUACAUGGGCGCUGUGUGUUAAUGCUGGCUCAGGCUCUGUGCUGUGUAAUCUCUUUGUUGAUGUGUUGUAGAUACAUGGGCGCUGUGUGUUAAUGCUGGCUCAGGCUCUGUGCUGUGUAAUCUCUUUGUUGAUGUGUUGUAGAUACAUGGGCGCUGUGUGUUAAUGCUGGCUCAGGCUCUGUGCUGUGUAAUCUCUUUGUUGAUGUGUUGUAGAUACAUGGGCGCUGUGUGUUAAUGCUGGCUCAGGCUCUGUGCUGUGUAAUCUCUUUGUUGAUGUGUUGUAGAUACAUGGGCGCUGUGUGUUAAUGCUGGCUCAGGCUCUGUGCUGUGUAAUCUCUUUGUUGAUGUGUUGUAGAUACAUGGGCGCUGUGUGUUAAUGCUGGCUCAGGCUCUGUGCUGUGUAAUCUCUUUGUUGUUAGCGGUGGUUUCAUCAGUUUUCUGCAGAGCCUCGUUCAUUCAUUCAUUCUCGACGUGCAGGUAGAAUCAUUCACAGCGAGACCUGACCUCUGUACCCUGGCCCAAACGAAGCAGGGGUGUCGAUAUUAAAAUAAAACAGAACGUGUUUUGUCUUCCA